AUGACCUUCAAGUUACUUAAAUCAGUCGAAUCCUGUCGGACAGCACUGGCAGCUAAUAUAUGAAUGCAAGAUCGACCACGUGAACAGAAAAGUCAAGUUAUCAGGUCUCGACAGGAAUACACACACAUAAGCUGGUUAUUCAGAUGGGAGAGAAGGGUGAAGUGUGCGCAUAGCCCAUAGUCGGUCCUUCCUCUUUGAACUUCAGGUAAUUAUCACGCUUUUCACCUUUUUUUCUCUCUGCCUCACCAAAGGGGAUUCACCUCUCAAACGACAACCAGAUUGCGAACUCCUACAACACCUCUUUAUCCCCCAUCGCUGGCUUCUACCUACCUACCUAACUUGACCUCACUAACAUCAUCACUCACAACCCAUCACAACCCACCUCAAAAAGCAUCACUUCAACCCAAACACACACAUCAACCAUCUCUACCUUGCCUGGCAAUGAAGACCAAAACCAGAGCCAACGCCGCCAGAGCCGGCCCCUCGGAAAUCCUCUCCGACGCCCCAGGAAUCACCCGCCAGGAACGCAUCCUCAUCACCCGGCUCCUCGGCGGCGCCCGCUCCUUCUUCACCAACCCCCUGACGGACGAGGAGACGACCAUGUUCAAGGCCCUCAUCUCGCGCCUCAUCAGGGCGUCCAAAGACCCGCUCAUGCCUGACGCCGACAGCUUCUUCGACAGCGACCGCUUCGAGACGCACUUUUGGGUGUUUGAUGAUGCGCUGAGAGUCAUUAUGCAGUUGAAGGCGUGGUAUGGACCUGUGGUGCCUCAUUGAGUGUAUGUGUGGCACCUUUCGUGGCUCUUCGGCUUGCUUUCGAUGAGAUGUGUUGCUUGCUUGCUGGCAACCCCCCCACCCGGGUUUGCUGCUCUCUUUUUGCGUCUUUUGAGCCUUUCCUUUUGGGGAUUACCUUGCAGGUUUCCCUGCUUGUCAAGAAUUGGAUUCUGGA